UUCAACAGCUGCGAUUCUUCUUUUUGUAGUGACAUCAUACAAAUGGCGGCGACCGUGCUGUUUUGAGAGGUUCUGAGAGUUGUUGACGCAGUUAUUGGGAAAUACUGCAGUUUUGUGAAUCUUGUUUAGGGAGGUCAAGCAUCUAUUCGUUGUUCGAUUUACCGUCUGGCUUAUAAUUGUGAAACUGACAAAGUGCCGAGCAAUUGGAAGGCAAAGCAAGGGCCUUCAGUCUUGUGUUUCUUGGAGUGGUGGUAGUAUUUGGAAAGACCGUUAUACAAUCAAGAUCAAUAACUACUUGUGGUUCUGGAGCUCCUUGUGGAGGGAGCCUCAGCCCACGGGAGCUGUAUAACGGAAAUGUCUGGUGGGGUCUCGGCUGGAAAUGUGCCAGCCUUUCUAACUAAACUGUGGACGUUAGUGGGGGAUCCUGAUACUGACCCUCUUAUCUGCUGGAGCCCGAGUGGGCAGAGCUUCCAUGUAUUUGACCAAGGACGGUUUGCCAAAGAGGUACUUCCAAAAUACUUCAAACAUAACAACAUGGCCAGCUUUGUGCGUCAGCUGAACAUGUAUGGGUUUCGCAAAGUAGUGCAUAUUGAACAAGGAGGGUUGGUGAAGCCAGAGAAAGAUGAUACAGAAUUUCAGCACCCAUACUUUGUGCGAGGCAAGGACCAUCUUUUGGAAAAUAUCAAGAGAAAAGUAACAAAUGUUGCUGGUGUAAGAAAUGAAGAGGUUAAGGUACGGCAAGACAAUAUUAGCAAGAUCUUAACUGAUGUGCAGUUAAUGAGAGGAAAACAAGACACUAUGGAUUCUCGUAUACUAACACUGAAACAUGAGAAUGAGGCUUUGUGGAGAGAAGUUGCCAGCCUACGACAGAAGCAUGCUGAACAGCAGAAAAUAGUGACAAAGCUGAUUCACUUCCUGGUCUCACUGGUACAGCCAAAUCGUGUGAUUGGAAUGAAGAGAAAAAUUCCCUUAAUGUUAAAUGACAGCAGUUCAGCGCAUCCAUUUCCCAAGUAUGGACGGCAGUACUCAUUCGAGCAUCGGCAUGACACUGAUGAUUUCACACCAUCACCUCCUCCAUAUACCAGUACAAAUGUUUACUCCGCUGACUCCCCCGAAAGCUGUGGCCCGGUCAUCUCUGAUGUAACAGACAUGACUCAUUCAAGUCCUUCCAUUUCUCCCAGCAGUUUGAUGCAUUCUCCUCAGAUGUCAGAGGUCACUCGUCUUUUCCCCAGUCCUACCUCUUCCUCCUCCUCCUCUCUUCAUUGCAGACCACAGCAAGGUAAUGAGCUAACAGACCAUGUAGAUGGUGGUGAUCUUAGUCUGGAGAACUUUCAGAACAUGCUAACAUCACAAGGUUUCACCGUGGACUCCAGCACUCUCCUGGAUCUUUUUAGCCCCUCCUUGUCCGUCACAGACAUGGGUAUACCUGAUGUGGAGAGUGGCCUGGCAACAAUCCAGGAGUUACUGAAUUCACAAGAACAGAAAGGCCCAGAUACAGAGAAUACUGCUGCUAACACAGCAGGAAAACAAUUAGUCCAUUAUACGGCGCACCCAGUGUUUCUUGUUGACUCUGGCUUACCAGAAACAGGAAACGGAGAUUUGCCUGUCCUUUUGGAGGUGGGAGGAGGGUUGUAUUUCACAGAGGAAGAUUCAUCCGAGGACCCUACUAUUGCAUUUCUUGCAGGUGUGGAGCAGCCCAAAGAAAAAGACCCUGGCAUGUCAUAAAUCAUGACUGAAGCGUGAAGGGAAGUCAAGUUUUGCAGAUGUUCUGAUAACAUAGAAUGAAAGGUCUUGAAAAUUAGCUCUUUGUUAAUCCAGCUGAUUGUACCCAUGACAUCAGCAUGAAUUUGCACUGCAUUGGUUUCCGGCCUUAACUGUGUGCUACCCAAGCAUUGCUUAUGUUGGCACGGCCAGUACCAGAUUGAUAGCCUGCAGAUCUGCACAGGAUAGUUGGUGAGAAACCUUUCAUUUGCCAGAGGAGUGGUAAUGUGAGUUUACAUGUGUGCACUGCUUCCAUCCUUACGGAAAUGAAACACUAAUGCUGUACAGUUGGAAGUGGUGUGGUGGUUGUAGUAAAAAAGAGGAAAGAAAUCCGGACGGAAAACGAAUAAGUGAAUAAUCAAGCAGUAGCAUCACAGCCUUGUUCCCUUAAGCUUGCUGCUGUUUGCACGGACAGAGUUUUUCACCACUGCUGUAUGUAUUUAAUGGAAAACGAACUUAUGUACAUGAUUUUCUAUGUUGAUAAGAAGCUUUUAUUUGUGUCCACUUUUGCUUUAGCCAUAUUUGUAUAUUUACAUAGAUUAUUAUGAAUAGUAAAUAUUGUAUUUUGGAUUUUUACAGAAGAGAUGCUUAUAUACAACAAAAGUACUAUAAGAAAA